CAAAAACAACAAAACGGCGACGCGAACGCGGAUGGAGCGAACGCCGCCGUCUCCAACUCGGGCUGCGACGGCGCCAGCAGCGGGGUCCCCGACGCGCCUAUCGCCGAAGAAACCAUCCAUCAAGGAUAUCACGUCAACCGUGCCGGAUGUUCCACUCGACUUCUCGUUCAUGAACUUGCCUGCGAUCAUGGAUAUUCUCAAGGAAGAACCAGUGUCAGGGAGAAAAAAGGCGGAAAACGCUGAUGUUGCCGUUGUACCUGUGCCACAACCCUCUGACGGCACAGCGGGAACUCCGCACACGCCGUUCGAGCCCCCCGUGUCGAUUCGACUGAACAACAAUUUCUUGACUCAUAUCGACGACUUGGACAAAGCCCUCUCGGCCGUUUUCGUGAAGCCGUCGCGAUUGCAAUGGAUCGAUCUGAGUGGCAACUCGAUUGCGACGAUCCCUGUGAUUGCGUUCCAGCCGUACUUGGAGCUCACGACGGUUCACUUGCACGCGAACCAGCUGUGCAAAUACACCGACAUUGAUGGAUUGGCGGUCCUUACGAAGCUUCGCCACUUGACGCUGCAUGGAAACCCCGUCGAAGAGAAGAAGCACUACCGGAACUACACUAUUCACCACAUCCCUUCACUCCUUGAACUCGACUUUAGCUGUGUUACCAAGCUCGACCGCGAGAAAGCCGAGACGUGGAGCAUCACGUACCGGAAGAAACUCGCGCGGAGGCGAGGUGAAGAGGUCGAUGACUAGCGGUCAUGCGCUCUUCUCGAUGGUCGGUUGAGGGCAACGAUAAAAAGAACUUUUUCAAAUUUCGACGUCGAACUACAAUUUAUAGUAUCAAGAAAAAAUAGUUUUUCUGAUAAUUC